CUUUGACUCGCAACCGCAGCGAAACGUUUCAUUUGCCGUGGCGAAUUGCGAUCGUCGGCGACGUUGACGUCUGACACAGACGCUGGCUGCGACGCUGACUGCGACGCUGACUGCGACGAUGUCGGCACAUACGCUUAACACCUGUGUUCGCUCUUGCUUGCAGUUGCUCUAUGUGUGUGUGUGUGUGUGUGUGUGUGUCUAUGUGUGUGCAUGCGCAUGUGUGUGAUAUUCAGGUGAUAAUAUGCCCGCCAUUUUCGUAAUGGAAACAAACCAGGCGAGGGAACGCCAACAACCAGGCAACCAGGCCCAACACCAAGACCCAACAAUCAGCGGCAGUAAACAGCAACAACAACAACAACAACAACAACAACGAACAACAGCCGUUGUCCGUUGUGCCCUGCUAUAAUCAAGGGAAAUAACAUUUUCAAGCAGCGUUAAAACUAACAUUAAUUAUGUCCGAAACGAACAAAACGAUCAGCGAGAGCCGCAGAGGCAAAAAGCGAAGCCACUGGAAGGAAGGCAAAGGCAAAAGGAAA